AUCUGCUGACAUUGGAGCCGCCUAUGGUAGGGUAGACCACCUCAGUCGACCGUGACCAGAGUUCUCUAGAGCAUGGUAUCCAAGCUAAGUCGACGACUAAGACCGAACUGACAAAAUGACCACCAUCAGCGCCGACGAGCUCACCAAACACAAUAGCAAGAAGUCUUGUUGGAUAGCUAUUGGAGACACAGUUUGGGAUGUGACAGACUUCGCACCAAAGCACCCAGGUGGCGCCAGUCUGAUCCUCAAAUUGGCUGGGCAAGAUGCAACAGAACAAUACAGCAUGUUCCACAAUGUAGCUCUCGUGAAGGAGACAUUGGGCAAUGAAGCCGCGAUAGGAACGAUCGAUAGGUCUUCGAUCAAACCACCCACAAAACCUAAAGAGAUCCCACUCGGCCCCCAAGAUGCCACACCCAGACGGCCUCCUCUCCGCAGUAUGAUCAACCUCCACGAUUUCGAAAAGGUCGCCGAGAAAUUCAUGACACCACUAGCGUGGGCCUACAUCUCUUCCGGCUCCGACAACGAAGUCUCCUUACGCGAAAACGCACUCGCAUACUCAAAAGUCUUCCUCCGAGGCCGCAUUCUUCGCAAAAUUAGCUCCAUCUCCACGCAAACCAACAUCCUGGGAAUCAACAGCAGUCUGCCAAUCUACACUUCCCCUGUUGGACUGGGCAAACUUGUGCAUCCGGAUGGAGAAUGUGCGAUAGCGAGAGCGGACGGAGAAGAAGGAAUCUGUCAGGUUGUGAAUACGGUAUCGAGCUGCACUAUUGAAGAGAUUAUGCAGGCAAGAGUGAAACCCGAUCAGCCGGUUUUCUGGCAAUUGUAUCUUGAUAAAGACUUGGAGAAGUCGAAGAAAUUUGUCGAGAGGGUGGAGACGGCGGGUGUGAAAGCGAUCUGGUUGACUGUUGAUAGUCCGGUGACAGGGAACCGGGAGAGAGAUGAGAGGGGAAAGGGCGUUGAGGACGAUACAGAAGAGAUCCUGGAAGAUGUGGUCAACGAUAUGAAGAGCGGCGGCGCUGGCGUUGCAGCGUCGAACAAUAGCUUUAUCAACGGCGAUGUGGAUUGGGACAUCAUCGCAUGGUUGCGAUCGAUCACAAAGCUCCCUAUUGUGGUCAAGGGAAUUGGUUGCGUGGAAGACGCUGUCGCAGCUUACGACCAUGGUGCAGAUGCAAUCGUCCUUUCCAACCACGGCGGCCGAUCGCAAGAUACUUCGCAGCCACCUCUGCUCACAUUACUGGAGAUCCGGACUUACGCACCCCACAUCAUGGGCAAGAAGAUGCAGAUCUUCGUGGACGGAGGCGUGAGGCGUGGGACGGACGUGCUGAAAGCUUUGUGUUUGGGAGCGAAUGCUGUUGGUAUAGGUCGACCUGUGCUGUUCAGCAUGUCUGCAGGAUACGGGCACUAUGGCAUUCGAAGGAUGAUCCAGAUCCUGAGGCGCGAGAUCGAAACGAACAUGGCAUUCCUGGGCGCCAGAACGAUUGCGGAUUUGUCGCCGAGUAUGAUCAACACAAAGCCGCUGGAGAACCUCUUGAUACCGUCUGCGAACCUGUGA